UGGUUUGGUGUAUUCUGUCAUUCUUUGAUGUUAUUGAAUAAAACUUUGUUUAAAAUAAAGUCUUUAUAUAAAACCGAAUUGUGUUAAAUAGAAUAAAUAAGCAUAAAGUUGUGAUAUUUACUUAUAUUGGAUAAGAUUUAGCGCAAAAUGUUUGGUGAAUCAUCCUAAUUAUAACUAUGAAGCAGAGGGACCAAUUUAUUCAAGUUGCAUUUUCCCAAUUACAAUUAUCUACAUGUUAAGGUUGUAAAAUGAACACAGCAUGUCUUAUUUGAGUACUUCAGAAAAUGUGGGUUUCAGCAGUAUUCCCCAAAACAUAUCAGAUGCAAGUUGUGCAUCACAGUACAAAAUGGCAGUUGACGGAGUAUCAGGAAACUGUGGUAGUGAAGUGAAUAUGUUUAUACAUGACAGUUCAGGUGAUGAACAGACAUAUAUCCCACAUCUCAGUGAUAAUUUCUUCCAUAGUAAAUUUAAAAUUGAUCCCAACGAUCUGUACACAUUUCAUGAUUCCGAUGUUAUCGCUAGUGAAAUUACUGUCAGUCAUACUGAAGAUAAUUUCAUUUUCUCCGAUAACAUUGAUAUUAAAAGUAAGUUACUUGAAAGUCCCAAUAAAGAUUUGGACUUGAUUGGUGUUCUUACAAAUGGUGAUAUUAAGGAAGAAAUAAUUGAAACAAAAAAGGAAACUGUUAAUGGACAUUAUCCUAUAAAGAAUAAAAUUCAAGUUAAUCUAACAGAAAGUAAAAAUGUUAAUACCAAAGUCCAGAAUACUAAGAUACAAAAUAAUGUCAACUUAGAUGCAAGAAAUAGCAUUGUCGCAGAAAGUCGACCUCCGACUAUCAAUAAUAUAAAGGUUAUAAAUAAAAUCAGCUCCCCUUCCCAUAAUGUUAAAGUCAGUAUUAAUAGUGUUAAUUCAAGCAAUGUCAAAUCUAUAUCAACUGCAAAAUUAUCAGCACCGGAAACUUUCCUUGAUGUUUUCAAAAGGGAACAUGGAGUUGUAGAAACUCCAGCGACGGUUAUCAAAACUGAACCCGUUGCAAUAUCAACUAUAAAAGUCCCAGCAGCACCUAUCAAAAAACCAGCAGCAGCUAAAACACCUUCAUCAAAAGCAAAACGUGGACGAGGGCCAACCGUCCAUGAAGCCUUGCAACGGAUACCCACACAGAAUAAAGUGAUAGCCCUUGCAAAUACAUCAUGGCAUGCACCCGGCGAAGAAUUAUUUCAAUGUGGUCCAUUAGAUGAGAAAAAAGGAAACGCAUUUAGACAAGUUGAGACUAGCAGCAGUGAUGAUGAUAUCCCAGAUUUAGAUGUAAGUUGGGGCCCUGUGUGCGUGGAGGAGAGUGCGGCGGAGUCCCGUAGUGCACGUCUGGCGCUUCGCCGUGCUGCGCUAAAGCGGCAUGUGGCUCGUGCGGCUGAGCUACGCCCUGUAGACUACAGCGAACAACGUGCACUUGCCACACUUAUCAAGAAACAACUAAGCGAGUCGUCGACGUGUCGUCUUCCAACACAGACUGUCAACCACUUGCUGGCCAUGCGCGGCUUACACAAUGUUCUCUCCUCAGAAGAUAGAAGGAAACUACGUGAAUCUGGGUGGUGCGGGGGUGAGAGCGGGCGGAAGGGUAGCGAGUUCGGCGUGUGCAGCGAGGAGAAGUGCGCGCAGGGGGCGCUGCCGUGCGCGCGGCACUGCUUCGCGCACGUGACGCUGGCGCCCUCGCAGCGGCUGUACGCGGCGUGUGCGGCAGUGUUCGCGGGCGGGGACCGCUGCAAGCAGCCGCUGCUGCCGCUGCACGAUCAGACUCCGCUCUGUACCGAACACGCAUGGAAACGAGACAAUUACGAGCAACUGAGCCGCGAGUGGCGGCCGCAGAAGGCGCGCCGGCGUGCCUGCCCCGCAGCCCCGCGCUCUCCGCGCCGCGCCAAGCGCCGCCGUCGUGUGCUGGCGCGCCGCCCCCAGCACGCACACUCCCUCACCGAGAUCAACAUAUGUUCCAACUCCUCGACAUACGACAGUUCUGAGGACACGGCAAUCGGGGGAUUGAGCGAGACUGAAUAUAUGAGGACUUCAAGUGCGCACGAAUUAGAAGUGGAACAAGUUCCACCGGACGACAUAUUGGAUCCAUCCGUCCUAAGUCAGAUCCCUGAUGAGGCUUUCACUGAAUUUUUUAACCAAGCGGAAGAUGUGUCUACUUUCGGCGAGGGUUCGGAGCUGGCGGCGGCGCUGGAAGCGGUGCUGGAGGAGCGCGGGCUGGCGGAGCGCGCCCUCGACACCAUCUCGGACUGCUUCGCGCCCCCACACAGCCCCGCCCCCGCUCCCGCCCCCGCCCCCGCAGACACACAACACAAUAAACUCAAGGUAUAG